CUAUUUUUUGUGGUUGGUGGGUUGGGUGGGGGAGAAAGGGGAGUGGAGGCAGCUGAACAUUCCCACUUGAAAGCAGAGAGGGGGGAGGUAGGGUGUAUAAAAGAAAGGAAAGGCUGCCUUCUCAGCCUGUCUCCCUAGUACUGGAGCAGCUAAGAACAAUAUCCUAUCUGGGUGAGACAACUUUGAAGACAUCCUACCAACAGUGUCCUCUCUCUCUCUCUCUCUCUCCCAGAUCCAUCCAACUUGCACACUCUAUUGAAAUAAGAAACCUGGGAACAGAAACUGAAGCUUUUGUUAUUUUUUUUCUUUGCAAAAAAAAAACAACAAUAUAUAUAUAUAAAACAAGAAAACUUCCAUCUUAUAGGAGCUGCUGUGUAAAUCAUCAAGUAGAACAAAGUAAAGCCAUGGAACAGAUAAAGUGCAGAAACAGAAAGACCCUAAGCACUGAACCCCAGAUCUGCAGGAGAGUGGAGAAUGCAAGUGUACAGCUGCCAAAGAUGUCUGACACCAGGCAUCUGCUGCUGCUCCUCUUCACCUUCCUGGUGUACACGUUAGAUUCUGCGAAAGCCUACGGAACGCCCGAGACUUUGUGUGGAGGUGAACUGGUGGACACGCUACAGUUUGUUUGUGGAGACAGGGGCUUCUACUUCAGCAGGAGCAGCGGGCGAUCCAAUCGCCGAUCGAGCCGGGGCAUUGUAGAAGAAUGCUGCUUUCGUAGCUGUGAUUUAGAUUUACUAGAGACAUACUGUGCAAAACCAGCCAAGAGCGAGAGAGACCUUUCCACUGCACCCGCCACUCCAUUGCCACCACUGAACAAGGACUAUUACCACAAGCAUUCCCACAUAAAACAUUCCAAGUACGACAUCUGGCAGAGGAAGUCCGCUCAGCGCCUACGGAGAGGAGUCCCCGCCAUUGUGCGUGCUCGCCAGUACAGGUGGCAGGUGCAAGCCAUUGAAGAAUCCGAGCAAGCCGUGACCCACCGUCCUCUUGUCAACUUACCCAAUAAGCGACCUCUCCGCCUGCAGUCAGCCUCAGAGUCCUCUCUCAAUUGAGCCAGGGAUUGUUCCUAAGUAGAAUUCCAUCACUUUCAACUUCUGUUUUCAUACGUUUUUUUUGUCAUCUCUGAACUGGAGGUUCGUGCUGCACCUCUCUACGUAUAUAUUCCAGGCCGAGUAAAGUAGGCGAGCCAGUAAAGCUCCAUACGUCACCUCACCGAAGAAUUAGUGGAGCAAUAUGAAAGAUGCCAAAGCACCAACAUGAUUUUUUUUGGCUGGAAAGAUUUAAAGGCUAAAUGUGUCCUCUUAUUUCUCUAUCUUCUUGUACUCCGGACUGUAAGCCUGCAUAUUUGUAUUGGUAGGAUUUAGGCAAAACACACAGUAUUGUGUGUAUGUGUGCGUGUGUUUAUGUAUACAUUGCAUAAAAUCUAAUUUUAUAUAGUGUAUACACACGGACACUUUGGGACAUCACAAAUGAUCUGUGCCACUAAGGGAAAUAUAAAGAACUCUUAUUCACCAUUGAAAGUAUUAAAAUGUAUUCAUCCAAAUACUUGAUUAAUGGAUGGAGACAAGAAAAAAAUGCUCGGAAAGGGAAUGUUUCCCCUUUCACAAACUUGAGUUAAUACUUUUAACAUAAUUAUGUUUUCUUUAUUUCUUCUAGCAUUUUAUUGUCAAUGUCCAAAUUCAUUGCACCUUUUUUAAUGCCUUAAAAGGGUUCUAAAGGCAUGUAAGGCUUUUUUGUAUUGUUUUUUAUUUUUUUUUUCUUGACUCUGAGUCAGAAGAGCCUGCAACAUGAUGGUUUGGUGCAGUGCUUUCUGGCUUUGUAGGGGUUAAGCACAAGAAUUCCAAAUGUAUUUGCACCUUUUUAAUUGAAGAGAGCUACGUGAGGGGGAAGUAAGCCGAAGGGGUUUUUUUUUUGUUAUUUUUUUACAUUUUUUUAUUAUUUUUUUUUUAAAUUUGUGUGGGAGCGCUGUCUGCUUUGCACAUGUGCCACAGAUUACAAUGAUUUUAUGUAUGUAUAAUAUAUAUUUUAAAUCUUUUUUUUUUUUU